CUGGUUGUUGCAGGAAAGUUCAAGGUGUCCUGGCAGCAGGAAGCUCCCUUGCUCCACCCUCUGCCCAGCACAGUUCUCCCUGAGCUCACCGAGGACUUGCUGCCCCAGACCUUCCAGCGACAGCGACCUGCUGUGUGUGGACACCCGGGUGGGAGCGGGACCCCCGGCAUGAAGCACCUCUCCUGCGAGCCCUGGGCAGCCCUCGCUGUGCUCCUCCUCACCGCUGCCCUCUGGGAUUCCUGCUCAGCAGCAGCUGAAGACAUCUCCAAUGCUUCAACAACUGAGUAUGAACCACCAUGUCUUAACGUGAACUUCUGCAGGCAAGCGGCCACGUGCUGCCCUUCGGGCAUGGAUGACUACGGGUGGAUCGCAGCGGCUGUUGGCUGGAGCCUCUGGUUUCUGACCCUCAUCCUGCUCUGCAUGGACAAGAUCAUCAAACUCCGGCCUGAUGAACCCAAAUACUUGGUGGCCUGAAGCAGAGCGAGCCAGCAAACAGCAGCGCUGGGGAGCAGUGAGGCGCAGGCAGACUGACAAAACACUUCUAACGCUUGCUAAGAAACAAAAAAGAAUGGGAAAACACCUUCAGCCAGAAAGGGCCAGAUCUAAGCAGGGCAGCUGCAGAGGCUUCACCCUCUCUUGCAGGCUGGAGCUGCCAGCCAAGGUGUGGAGCAGGCAAGCCCCUGCAAGCCACCACAUAUGUGUCCCAAAGAAAAAAACCCCGCUUUUCCCUGAGCCCUCUCAUGCUUGCUGUGAGCAGCAGGAGCAGAGGCUGAGGGCCACUUACCAGCCUAUAGCACUUUGCCUCCAUACAACCUGGUGCAUGACCUUUGGGUUUGACACAAAGUGGGCAAAUAAAGCUAUUUUCUGGAGCAUCAGCAUUACCAGAGCCAUUAGUAAGCUAUAGGCCAUCAAGUACAUCAGUAAGUGGAAGUAAUUAAUUGACUUUAUCGAGUCCUUCUCACUCACUAACCUGCGAUAUUUAAAAGUCUAUUAACAGAUACAUGGGAAGAGUUUCUUACGGAAACUUAGGGAUUAUUUGGGCUGGUUUGAAAGUAAAAAGUAAUUUUUCCAGAGCUGUUUAGAUGUGAAAUGUGUUGCAGGAAUUGAAUAUUGGUUUUAUUUAUUCAUCUUCCACCUGCCUGAGAAACUGAGCCAAGCUGAAGUGUGGUAAGCAGUUUUAAACCAGCAUAUCCAGUUCAUGCACAAAACUGUUCCUAUUUAUAUGAGAUGAUAAUAAACACUUACUGAUUGAAAGACUC